AUGUCUUUCCUUCAUAAUCAUUCUUGCGAGUGCGUUAAGUCAGAAUUGGAUUUGUUUGCACUACCGUCUACACAAACUAGCAUUGAAAAUGGAUUGUGGAUUCAUUAUAAACCAAUUUCAUCUCUUGGUGAUGAUGGACCUAUCGAGUUUCAAGUUCCUGGGACCGGCGAUGACUACAUAGAUUUGUCUCAUACAUUACUCCACAUAAAGGCAAAAGUAUUAAAUCAAGAUUCAACUAACUUGGUAUCUACUACAAUAGUAGCACCUGUAAAUAAUUGGCUGCAUUCACUUUUUAGUCAACUUGAUGUUUAUUUAAACCAAAAACUUGUAUCACCACCUAAUAAUACCUAUGCAUAUCGAGCAUACAUGGAAACCCUUUUAAACUAUGCCCCUGCUGCUAAACAAUCUCAUCUUACUUGUAGUCUUUGGUAUGAGGAUACAGCAGGAAAAAUGGAUUCUACAGAUGGUAAAAACAUAGGAUUUGUUAAAAGACAGGAAUUGAUUAGUGAAAGUAAGGAAAUAGAAAUGAUUGGUCAUCUUCACGGUGACAUUUUUAACCAAGAUAAAUUUUUAAUUAAUGGUGUUGAAAUGAGUGUUAAAUUGGUUCGAUCAAGAGAGAGUUUUAAUUUAAUUGUUGGGUCAAACGAUGUAAAGUUUAAAGUUUGCAUUACGGACGCAACUCUUAUUGUGCGACGAGCACGAAUUAAUCCAAGUGUAUUACUCGCACAUCAAAAAGUUUUAGCUUCUACCACUGCUAAAUAUCCUAUUACUCGAGCUGAAGUAAAAGUUUUAACAAUUCCUUCAGGUGUUCAAGGAAAAACUCUUGAUAAUAUAUUUUUAGGACAGGUACCGAAAAGAUGUAUAAUUGGAUUUGUGAACAAUUCUGCAUUUAAUGGUUCCCUUACUAAAAAUCCAUUUAACUUUGAAAACUAUGGUAUUAAUUCUUUCAGCUUAUAUAUUGAUGGUCAACAAAUACCUUCAAAAGCUUUGCAACCAUCUUUUAAUAAUAGCAUAUUUACAUCAGCAUAUCAUACUCUAUUCUCGGGAACUGGUAUUCACUUUCUUAAUGAAGGAAAUGGAAUCUCUUGUGAACAGUAUGGCAAAGGUUACUGUCUAUUAGCAUUUGACUUAACUCCUGAUUUAUCAGCUAACUCAUCAACUCAUUGGAAUCUCAUAAAGCAUGGUAGUGUAAGAAUAGAAGUACGAUUUGAAUCCUCAUUAAUACAAACAAUUAACUGUAUAGUUUAUGCUGAGUUUGAUAAUAUUAUUGAGAUAGAUAAAAACAGAAAUGUUACUGUAGACUAUAGUAGUUAA